UGUGGGUGGGGGGGAGCUGGAUCCCACCAAACUCCUCUGCUCCCGUGCUACACAGUGCUACCCAAGUGGUUGGAUGCAGGGGGAUGCUUUGCGCUGAUUUCCUUUCACCCAAUUGUGCUUUGUGGGAUGUUCAACCCAAGGAACAUGGCUGAACGAAAGAGGAAGCCCAAGUUUUCCAAAGAAGAACUGGACAUUCUGGUCACGGAGGUGACCCGAAACGAAGCCAUGCUGUUUGGGAGGGAGACAGCGCGCCUGUCCCACGCUGACAGGGAUAAGAUCUGGGAAGCCAUAGCCAGGCAGAUCACAUCAGUCAGCCGGGUUCCCAGGUCUGUAAAAGACAUUAAACACAGAUGGGACGACAUGAAGAGAAGGACCAAGGACAAACUGGCAUUCAUGCAGAGGUCCCUCUCCAGCCCCAGCAGCACGGGGCGGCCCUCGGCCAUCGUUCUGACCGCCCGCGAGAGAGCCGUGGAGCUGCAUUCCUCACGCCAGAUGCAGAGAGCAUCCAGAGAGAGAUUCCAGAGAGCAGAUCUGGACGUGGUUGACAGCCUGUCAACGAGCUAUGAUGAAGAUGAGGAGAUGCCAGGCACUUCUCGGGAGCACCGCUUCUCGUCGCUGCAGAGGGCCAGUGCAGGAGUCAGCCAGCUUUCUGGGUCCUCCUUCCUCCACCCUUCUUCCUCAUCACAGCCCUCAGAAGCUUCCAGCCAAAGGCCAGAACUUCACCGUCCAUCCUCACGCCCCACCUCGUCCUGCAGACCCCCACGGCCCUGCACCAGGAGCCCACCCCUCUCCAGCUUCCAUCGCCAGCUUCUCCAUUCCCACACACAGCAGACAGACCUCUUCAGGCAGUUAUGCCAGGAGCUGCUGGCUCUUCACAGAGACAUGGCAGACAGCAUGAAUGUCAUCAGCCAGAGGAUGGCUGACCUCACCAGCCAGGUUGGCCAAAUGUGCCAGACCGUGUCAGAAAUCCGUGAUGGGGUCCAAGCUUUCCAUAGGGUACAGGAUUCUAGUGUCACCCAAGGGGCUCCUCCACAAGCAGCUUGCUCAAAACAGCCCCCUGGGAUCACUGCAGAGUUUAACCAAAACCCCCCAAAACAGACUGUUCCUGCACGGACUACCAGGUCACGAAAGAGAAAACACCAUUUUUAGUCUUCUUCAUAUAAAGAGAAGAAGAGUUCCCCUUCCUGAGCUGCUGCGUGCCUCUUCCAUGUGUAUCAGUGCUCUGUGGGGAAGGUCAGCAGCCACCCCAGCCUCUCCAUCCCCCUCUAGCUAACAGGGCAGUAUGAAUUAUUGCAGCUGAAUAGUAGGGCUGGCCAUCUGCAGUGGCAAAGAGGAAUCUCGAAUCUUACAGAGCUUGAGAUGUAGAACAUCUCUCUGUUCAUGAAGAUUAGGAGUUCUCAUGAUCUUCCCCAUGCUUUGAACCCACUAUAAGCUUAAGAAAUGCAAUAGGAAUCAUUCUCUUGAUCUCUUCUCAUGCCUGUGAAACCAUAUUUACUGAGACACUGUACUACAGAGCUCCCUUGGCAGUCAACCCACAGAUUUACCCUACUGCUCCCUUCCCAUCAUCUUCCUGCAGAUUGCAGCGUGCACUGGGCAGGGAUACAUCCUUAUGGCUCUGAAGCCUCUUCCUGCUCAUUAUUUUUGUCUUGCCUUCAGCAAUAAUGGACAGUCCAGGGCUUGCUGUGAAAUACAAGGAGAUUUGGGGAGAGGGGCAUAAAAGCAGAGCUUGUGCAGGGAAGGAGGCACAACAAGGACAGGACAGGUCUGAGCACUGUGUAGUUUUAGGCUACUGAGAAGGGCUGCUAUGGCAUGUGCCUGGAUCCUGCACUAUCGUGCACUUCUAUCAAAGCGUUCAGUCUUCUUCUGCUCCUGUCAGAAACCCCUAACCUGCCCUUCACUAUUGUAGUUACAAUAGAAUUACUUCAUAAUAUGAAAACAUUUAAACAUAAGUUGUUUAAAUGUUAAAAUGUUAAAACAUUGUAUUGCUAUUAUUUUCUCACCUUAGCAUCUUCAGUUUUGAAUCACUUCACCCUCUUCAAAAUGUGAGAGAUUGCAGGGAAACGAUGAAAGAUGCAGGGCCUGCUUCUGAAAACCAGUUUGGUUGUGUAUCACUCUUAAUUCUGUCAACCUCAGUACAGCUACUGUGCAGUUAGGGUGAUUUAGGGUGGGAUCUGUACUCUGGUCUAUCACAAAGAAUUUACAAUCUAAAUUCACAUCUAUAUACGUUAAAAUCUUAGACGUGUUGGUUUUGUAGUGCUUUCUUUCCCCAUGCAGAUGCAGGAAGAGCUGUACUUCCAUUACAGCAUUUCCAUUGCUUUAGUGCUGCAUGAAGUUCCCAUGUAAAAACCCCGAUUCUGAAACUGGGCUUCAGCAAUGUCACCUCAGGUGGUGGUAACCUCUGUGGCAGGUUUUUUACAAAACCUUUGCCUUCUCCUUCAUUUGCACAUCUGCACCUAUCAUGCUGCCCCCAUCCCUGGAAAAACCUGGGCUGUUAUCAUAAUAUUCUUCAGGAGGGAAAAGGGCUGAGGUGUUACCCACACACAGCUUGCUGCUACUCUCCAGAAUGUCCUGUUCUGUGUGGAGGUGGGCAAAUUAAAAAAUUUCAAGCCAAUGUAAAUGUGCAUCAUCAUGCCAUGUCUGGUCUUUGGGCUUGACCAAAAAGCUGUAUAAUUCAGCAGGAUGUGAAUGUAGGCAACACAGCAUCACAGAAGAUUGGCAUGUUCUAUGUGAUCAUCAAGGAUCUUCUUGAUGUCUGGCCUGGCCUUUGAAGUGUAGAGCACUUGCUUCUCUUCUGAAAGGUUCAGUGAAUGUCUCUUGUGUCAGGCUUACCUGACAUGCUUUUCUUUUUUCUCUUCUUAUUAAAUAUUCUGUGAUUCUAAUUCAGAUAAUUUAUUUUUAGCCAUGCCUUUGCACAAGCAAGGAGAAAAACCUCCUUUCUGAGGAAUGGCCCAUGCUGGUUUCAUGCAGAGAACAUUCCUUGUGCUGGUGCCAGACCAGGGCAGUACUUGUUCACUUUCCUCUGAGGAUGUUGUUUUACUUCUGUUGUAACAUUUGUGUUCUGCAAAAGUCACAUUCUCUCUUCAGUUGAAGAGAGUGGAAAUCUGGUAGAAGUGGAUCCAAUGAAUUGCAGAGAACUGAAAAAAUGGAGAUAAUGUUUUUAAAGGCUUUCUGAGUCAAUAUAGUGCUGCUGCUACUACAUAUUAGAAGUAGUAUUUUAUAUUUUUAUAUUCUUUGGUCCCUGCUGAUGUUUUCCCAUGGAUAUACUUGAUAGGAUUAGCUCCUCUGAUGUUGUGCAGGGAGAUUCUUUCAGGUCUGCAGAGGACACUCCCACAGAUGCUGGGCACUGGAGGGAGUUGGCAUCCUCUCUGCGAUCAGGUUGCCCACACAAAUGCAUUUAGAGAGAGAAUCCUGGUACAGGAUUAAGGCUCAGCCUUAAACACAACCCCCAGAAGGCUGGGCUCUGCUCAGGAGAAAGGACCUUGUAAUGUAAACUGCCUGAUGUCUCCCCCAGCUUCCUCUGUGCACUGUUACAGAUUGGCCCAGAUCUGGGGACAUAUCUCUGGCC